UGUGUUUUUGAAUGGUAGAUUAACACACUUUUCUUGAACAAUUUGACAGUUAGGUUUGACAAUUUUCCCAUUUAUUGGCCGAGUUUUAGUUGGGAAAAGAAUACUUAAUGCCAUUAAAUUAUCAGGUCACCAAAUACAGGUCUAAAUAAGUCAUUUUCCCAUUCACUCUCAUUGGAUAUAGAUUUGCUUGUUUCUCUCAACUUCUCUGAAUCAAUUCUAUCCUACUUAAGAUCUUCACUGGUUGUGACUUUGGAGCUCAAUGGGUUCUCUAAUGGCAGGAUGGGAUGCUAAGAGAGUUUUCAUUCAGAAGAACGUUUCAAUGACAAAAGAAGAAGUAGAAAAUUACUGGCGCAAUAAGCGUGUAAUAGAAGAGGAGCAUCUGAUAGCUGCUUUGAAAGCUGCGGCACGCAUAAAAACCCAAAACUUGACUGAUGAAGAUUACAGAAGAUUUGAAGACUCUUUAGCAGAGGAAGAAAAUACAGAGAAGAUGAAGAAAAAGGAAUUUCAUGGGGAAGAGAGAAUUGGUAUCAAGGACUGGUGGACAAAGAGCAACUAUGCAUAUUUAAAUCAGCCCCCUGUGAAAUCAGUGGAAGAAAAGCCAAAGUCAAGUUAUAUUGCACAGUUCCAUAUUGCCAAUGUGGGGAAAUCAAAUAAUGCUGAGAGAAGCCCCUUCAGUGGUAAUGCAGUCAGAGUAUUUUAACUGGAUUUACAUUACUAAAUUACCACAUGGUAAUCAAUAACGUGUCUAUAUGCUUAUUGCGCCUAAUGCACUGCAUUUUUGCAAUUUGAAAUGUGUACGGUAGUUAAGUGAUGCUUGUAAGUAAGGUAUCAGGUUGAGUGUUUGUGUUGUAUUCAUCAUUUUUAAUUGGGGGUUACAAUGGAGCUUUAUUUAAUCAUCAAAGUGUUUAACAGUUUUACAUUUAUUGUAUUCAUGACAGUGAUAAAUAGUUAUAUUAAUAUGAGGUGAAUCCUGAUAUCAGUAUCAUAA